AGAAAGCGCAAGAGGAGGAGAGCUCCGUACAGCCUCUUGGCGGAUUGAUUUACACCCCAUUGACUCUUUAUCAGGCUCGCGAAAAAAGUCUGACCAAUCACUUUACUCGGAGCGCACACCAUAGAAGCCCGGCUCUACUUUGUUGGCGAGCGAGUAGAGAGGAGUACCGUAAAGAGGGGAGUAAAACACAUUUCUAGGGUACAUGUUUUCCCUUCAAUGAACAGUACGUUAUAUAAUGUCCGAGAAUGUCCAUUUCUGGAACUCUAAGCAACUACUAUGUCGAUUCUAUCAUAAGUCAUGAAGGAGAAGAUCCAAACACGUCUCGCUUCUCCAAUGUACAGUACUCCAGCGCUAGACAGCCGGGACCCGGCGAGCAUCCCGAGUUUCCCUCUUGUAGCUUCCAGCCCAAGCCUACUGUGUUUAGUUCUUCAUGGAGCCCAUUCAGUUCCCACGCGUCCAAUGGCUUGCCAGCGGUUUACCAUCCCUACAUACCGACGCAGCCCGUGCCUUCCACGGAUACCCGAUACAUCCGCACAUGGCUCGACUGUGCCCCAAGAGCAGAGCCACUGCCUGGGCAAGGACAGGUCAAGAUGGAGCCGCUACUGGGACAUCUCGGAGAACCACCGAAACUCGGUGGGCAGCAUGAGUUCAUCUUGGAAUCCUCUACAGCACGGGAGAUGAAUUCUGGUCACAGCGCCGGAAUCGAAGACAAUAAGGACACAUGCGAAGGUAGCGAAGACAAAGAGGGACCGGAUCAAAACGACCCAUCGGCCAACUGGUUGCACGCUCGAUCAUCCCGGAAAAAACGAUGUCCAUACACUAAAUAUCAGACCCUGGAGCUUGAGAAGGAAUUUUUGUUCAAUAUGUACCUCACCCGGGACCGGAGACACGAGGUAGCUCGCCUGCUGAACUUGACAGAGCGACAAGUAAAAAUUUGGUUCCAGAACCGAAGGAUGAAAAUGAAGAAAAUGAAUAAGGACCAGCCCAAAGAAUGAUAACGCAGACUCAUGCCUGGUUUUUACAAAGAGCCUGUUAAAUCUGGAAGCUGAUGCAAGAGAUUUUUAAUUAAUAAAAAAGAACACACACACACACACACACACACACACACACACACACACACACACACACACACACACACACACACACACACACACACACGUUGGUGCAGUUAUCAUUACGAGGACUCUCCACAGACAUAAUGAUUUUUUAUACUGUACGAACUAUAGAUUUUAUCCCCUAACACUACCCCUAAACCUAACCCUCACAAAAAACUUUCUGCAUUUUUACAUUUUCAAUAAAACAUCGUUUAGUAUGUUUUUUUAAGCGAUUUGAAUUAUGGGGACACUAGAAAUGUCCUCAUGAACCACGUUUAUAGCAUAAUACCCUUGUAAUAACCAGUAUGUAACCUAAAAGAAUGUCCUCGUAAACCACCCACACACAUACAGGUUUGUUUCACUUUAUAAGUGAGGGCAUCUAAUAGACUACCACUGAUUUCAUAGCAGACUAAUGCUAUUUUCUAUCCCCUAACCCUAAUCCUAACCCUAAACCUACACAUCAGUAGAUUUAAAGCUAAACAUGAUUUGGCCGUUUUUAUGAGCCUUUACUAGUGAGGAUCACCUAAAAUGUCAUCACUAGUGGGUUUUCAACAAGUUUCUCUGUAUUAGUGAGGGCAUUUUAAAAAAUGUGGCACUAACAAAUAUAUUGAAACCUGUACACACACACACACACACACACACACACACACACACACACACACACACACACACACACACACACACACACACACACACACAGCUAUCAUUAUGAGGAUUCUCCAUAGACAUAAUGAUUUUUAUACUGUACGAACUAUAGAUUCUAUCCCCUAACCCUACCCCUAAACCUAACCCUCACAAAAAACUUUCUGCAUUUUCAAAAACAAACAAACAAACAAACAAACAAACAAACAAAAAAAAACAUCGUUUAGUAUGUUUUUUUUAAGCGAUUUUAAUUAUGGGGACACUAGAAAUGUCCUCAUAAACCACAUUUAUAGCAUAAAACCUUUGUCAUUACCAGUUUGUAACCUAAAAAAAGUCCUCGUAAACCACUUAAACCUGCCCACACACACACACACACACACACACACACCCACCCACCCACCCACACACACACACACACACA